AUGCUCCUGUGGGUGAGCCCCCGGGGACCCUGCGAGCCCGGGGGGGGGCCGUGGGCGCCCACGCACUGCCUCCCGCCCGCAGCCCACAUCGAGGUGAUCCCCUGCAAGAUCUGCGGGGACAAAUCCUCGGGGAUCCACUACGGCGUCAUCACCUGCGAGGGCUGCAAGGGCUUUUUCCGGCGCAGCCAGCAGGGCAGCCUGAGCUACGCCUGCAGCCGCCAGCAGAACUGCCCCAUCGACCGCGCCAGCCGCAACCGCUGCCAGCACUGCCGCCUGCAGAAGUGCCUGCGCCUCGGCAUGUCCCGCGACGCCGUCAAGUUCGGCCGCAUGUCCAAGAAGCAGCGGGACCGGCUGCACGCCGAGGUGCAGCAGCAGCUGGAGCAGCGGCAGCGGGAGCGGGCGGCCCAGGGGGGCGCUGCCUUCGCCCUGGGGCUGCCGGGGUGCUGCGGCCACCCGCUGCCCCCCCCCGGCACCCCGGGGUGCCCCGGGCCCUGCGAGGGAAGGGCCGGCUGCAGCCCCGGCACGGAGGCGGAGGGCGAGCGGCGGGAGGGGGCCACGCGGGACCGGGACGGGGAUGGGGACAGGGACGGGGACGGCCCCGAGCUGUGCCCGCGCCCCGACGUCGGCAGCGGCCUGGAGUCGCCCACGUGCUCUGGGAUGGAGAUCGAGCUGCUGGCCCAGGACGUGCUGCGGUCACACCGCGAGACCUCGCAGCCGCGCGCCGAGGAGCUGCAGCAGCGCCGCUGGGACACCUUCAGCCGCGACGAGGUCUGCGCCUACCAGAGGAAGCCCAUGCAGGAGAUGUGGGAGCGCUGCGCCGGCCGCCUGACCGAGGCCAUCCAGCACGUGGUGGAGUUCGCCAAGCGCCUGCGCGGCUUCAUGGAGCUGUGCCAGAACGACCAGAUCGUCCUCCUCAAGGCCGGCGCCAUGGAGGUGGUGCUGGUGCGCAUGUGCCGGGCCUUCAACCCCGACAACCGGACCGUCCUCUUCGAGGGCAAGUACGCGGGCACGGAGCUCUUCAGGUCCCUGGGCUGCCACGAGCUCGUGGGCUCCAUCUUCGACUUCGCGCAGAGCCUGUGCGCGCUGCGCCUCUCGGAGAGCGAGGUGGCCUUCCUCUGCGCCAUCGUCCUCGUCAACGCCAGUGAGGGACCCGCGCCCCCCAACCCCCCACCCCCCCCUGGCCUUUGCCCAAAUCCCCGCCCUUUUGUCCCAAAGCGGGUGCUUUGGGACCCUGUCCUUGUCCUGUCCCUGUCCCC